AUGAGAAUGGAGAAGGUGAAUAACUCCUUGACAACAGAGUUCAUCCUGGUGGGAUUCUCAGAUCACCCAGACCUGAAGAUCCUCCUAUUCUUGGUGUUCUUUGUUAUCUAUCUGGUCACCAUGGUGGGGAAUCUGGGGCUGGUGGCCUUGAUCUACAUGGAACGCCGUCUUCACACACCCAUGUACAUCUUCCUGGGCAACCUGGCUCUCAUGGAUUCCUGCUGCUCCUGUGCCAUCACUCCUAAGAUGCUACAGAACUUCUUUUCUGUGGACAGAAGGAUUUCUCUCUAUGAAUGCAUGGCACAGUUCUAUUUUCUCUGUCUUGCUGAAACUGCAGACUGCUUCCUUCUGGCAGCAAUGGCCUAUGACCGCUACGUGGCCAUAUGCAACCCACUGCAGUACCACACCAUGAUGUCCAAGAAGCUCUCCAUUCAGAUGAGUAUAGCCACCUUCAUAGCCAGCAACUUGAAUUCUAUGGUUCAUGUAGGCUGUCUCUUAAAUUUAACUUUCUGUAAAUCAAAUCGUAUUGAUCACUUCUUCUGUGAUGUUCUUCCACUAUUUAGACUGUCCUGUACAGAGCCUUUUAUUAAUGAACUAAUGAUAUACAUUGUUUCAAUGCCAAUUCAAGUCUUUACGAUUACCACUGUCUUGGUCUCUUACUUUUGCAUUCUUUUCACUAUUUUCAAGAUGAAAUCCAAGGAUGGGAGAGGAAAAGCAUUUUCUACUUGUGGGUCCCACUUUCUUUCUGUGUCAAUAUUCUACAUCUGCCUUCUCAUGUAUAUUCGACCAUUUGAAGAAGGGAAUAAAGAUAUACCAGUGGCUAUAUUUUAUACAAUAAUAAUUCCUUUGUUAAACCCUUUUAUUUACAGCCUGAGGAAUAAGGAGGUUUUAAAUGCUGUUAAGAAAGUUGUAAAUACUUACAGCACUUUAAAAAAAUCUUCAACAUCUACAGCUGACUAA